AUGGACGUGUUCGAGAUCGAGUCGGAGGCCUCUAAGGCGCGCGAGGCCGCCGCAGCCGCGUCCGCUGCGUCAGCGGAAGCCGCCGCGGCUGUGGAGCGCGUGGAGGUGGUGGAGGCGGGGGACGCGACGCCAGCUGCCGGACUGCACGACCACUUCAAGCCGCUGAAGCAGCUUCCCGCGCAGCAGCGCCAACAGGAGCUGCGCAAGGACAUCCACUUCGUGAGUGCGGGGCACUGGAGGCAUGGGGAAGGGGAGGGGGGAAGUAGGGGGAGAGGGGUGCAGCGCCAACAGGAGCUGCACAAGGACAUUCACUUCGUGGAGCACACAUGGCCGGUGCAUCAACUCUGCUUGCAUUUCCGCACCAACGCCACCAAGGGCCUAACGGACACGCAGGUGCAGCGGAACCGCACGCGGUACGGGGAGAACAAGCUGACGCCGGGGUACGUGACGCCGUGGUGGCUCAAGUACCUGCAGCAAUACACCAACUUCUUCUCGCUGCUCCUCAUCGCCGCCGCCGCGCUCUGCUUCAUCGCCUACGUCAUCGACGAGAAUGACGUCAAGGAAAACCUAUACCUGGGCAUAGUUCUCCUGGUGGUGGUGGUGGUGACGGCGACGUUCACGUUCAUGCAGGAGCACAAGAGCGCGCACAUCAUGGAGGGCUUCCGCGCGCUCAUCCCCGCCAACUGCCACGUCAUCCGCAACGGCGAGUCCAUGAUGAUCGACGCGACGGCGCUCGUGCCCGGCGACCUCGUGGAGCUGAACGACGGGGACAAGGUCCCCGCGGAUAUCCGCAUCAUCUCCGCCAGCGACCUCACUGUGGACAACAGUGCGCUGACGGGAGAGAGCGAGGCGGUGGAGCGGGGGCCGCGGCUGGAGAAGGACGAGAGCGGCGAGCAGAUCUGGCAGCCGCUGGAGGCCGCCAACAUCGCCUUCUACGGCACCAUCGUGUGCAGCGGCACUGCCCGCGGGGUGGUCAUCGGCACCGGGGACAACACCGCCAUGGGGCAGAUUGCAGGCCUGGCGGUGCUGACAGAGAACAACGAGACGCCGCUCUCCAUAGAGCUAGCACAGUUUGUGAAGAUGAUUGGGCUACUCGCCGUCAUCAUGGGGCUCGUCUUCUUCGCCAUCGGCCUCUCCCUGGGCGACCCCUUCAUCCAGACCGUUGUCUUUGGCAUCGGAGUCAUCGUUGCCAACGUGCCCGAGGGGCUGCUGGCGGCUGUGACUGUGUCUCUGGCGCUUGCUGCCAAGCGCAUGCACAGAAGGAACGUGUUGGUGAAGAACCUGCAGAGCGUGGAGACGCUCGGGUCGUGCACCACGAUUGCGUCGGACAAGACGGGGACGCUCACGCAGAACCGCAUGACCGUCCAGCACUGCUGGUACGACCUGCGGGUGUUUGAGUGUCCGGCGGUGCACAACCGAGUGGAGUGGGAGGCGUUCAUGAAGAGCCCUGCAGCAUCUCUCGCGUACGAGCCGCAGUCCAUCACCUUCCAGAAGCUGCAGCUCAUCUGCACGCUCUGCAACAACGCCAACUUCCUCUCCACACAGGGCGAGGACAUGGCGAUCGAGAUGCGGCGCGCGGACUUUGACCUGCUGGGCGCGGCGUGCAGCGGGGACGCGUCGGAGCAGGGGCUGCUCAAGUUUGUGGAGCCGCUGCGCUCCGCGCGCGAGGUGCGAGACCUCUACGCCAAGCUCUUCGAGAUCAAGUUCUCCUCCACCAACAAGUGGCAGCUCUCCAUCCAUGUGCAAUCGGCGCAAGGCCGCCUUCCCCCAGUUCUAGUAAUGAAGGGCGCACCGGAGCGGGUGCUGGCGCGGUGCGCGUACAUAAUGGUGAACGGGCAGGUGUUUGACCUGAACAGCGAGAGCCGCAAGUACUUCCAGGACGCCGUAGAGCAGCUCGGGGGGUACGGCGAGCGCGUGCUCGGCAUGGCCUUCCGUGACCUCGAUGGCUUCGCCAAUGACUUCAUGUUCACGAACAAGCCCGAGCCCAACUUCCCGACGGACGGGCUGACGUUUGUGGGCAUGGUGGGCAUGCUAGACCCCCCGCGCGAGGGCGUGCCCGAGGCCGUGGCGCAGUGCCGCCGCGCCAAGGUGCGCGUCAUCAUGGUCACGGGCGACCACCCCAUCACCGCCAAGGCCAUCGCUCUCAAGGUGGGCAUCAUGGACCAGGCGAAGGUGGACGAUGGCACUGCAUGUGUGGUGACGGGAGAUGACAUUCGCCAGUGGGGCGACCUCACUCCCCACGAUGAGCAGCUCAAGUGGGACGAGGCUCUCUCACACGAGCAGUUGGUGUUUGCGCGUGUGUCCCCGGCGCACAAGCUGCUGAUAGUGGAGCACUGUCAGCGGCGGGGGGAGAUUGUUGCCGUCACGGGGGACGGGGUCAACGACGCUCCCGCACUCAAGAAGGGCGACAUUGGCAUCGCCAUGGGCAUUGCCGGCAAGGACGUGUCAAAGGAGGCGGCGGACAUGAUCCUCAUGGACGACAACUUUGCGUCCAUAGUGAACGGAGUGGAGGAGGGGCGGCUCAUCUUUGACAACCUGAAGAAGACCAUCUGCUACGCGCUCACCGUCAACAUCCCUGAGCUCGUGCCCUACCUCGUCAACGUGCUGGGCGGCGUGCCGCUGGCGCUCUCCACCGUGCUCAUGCUUGCUAUCUGCCUUGGGACUGACAUGCUGCCGGCUAUCUCGCUGGCUUAUGAGGAGAAGGAGUCGGACAUAAUGGAGCGGCCGCCACGCAACGCGCGCAAGGACCACCUGGUGAGCUGGAAGCUCAUCAGCCACGCGUACCUGCAGAUCGGCGUCGUGCAGACGCUUGCCGGCUUCCUCGCCUACCUCGCUGUCUUCAACGACUAUGGCUACCCGCCCCACGUGCUGCCAUCCAUAGGCUCAGACUUCGCCACCUCCUCCAUCAUCUGCUCGCUCAACAGCGACCUCGAGCCCGACCGCUGCGGGUACGGCUGUGCCUCCCCAGACUACACAGCCAUCCCCACGCCCGCCAACUCGCCCUCCUCUGUCGCCUACUGCCUCUACGGCUGCCCGGCGCCUGCGCCUGGGACUGUCGUGGCGGACCCCUUCAGUGAAUUCAGCCUGGGUGGGUUCCGUGGGCAGCAGUACUGCAACCUCACGUGCUACUCGCCGGCUUCACAGUUUGUGGGAGGGACUAUUCCCUCGCAGUGCGCUUCUGCUGAUACCACCCUGUAUGGCUUCCCCAACCGAAAGUCCCUGGACCCACCGGCUGGGCCAGCGGGCGGGAUAUACUGGUGGGGGGGACGGUCCAUGUCCCAGGCAAACCCCGAGUACCAGAGGCAGGUGCUGCUGUAUGCGCAGUCGGCCUACUUUGUUGCCAUCAUCGUCACCCAGUGGGCCAACCUCAUCGUCUGCAAGACCCGCCGCCUCUCCGUCUUCCAACAGGGCAUGUGGAACUGGGUGCUCAACUUCUCGCUGCUGUUUGAAACGGGCAUAGCAGCGGCGCUGCUGUAUGUGCCGUUCCUGCAGGAGGUGUUUUCAGUGCGCCCCAUCAGCAUCGUCUACUGGUUCAUCGGCAUCCCCUUUGCCCUCACCAUCCUCUUCCUCGGGGAGAUUCGCAAGCUCUUCAUCCGCAGGUUCCCAGGUGGAUGGAUGGACCGCUGGACCGCCUGGUAG